UCCAAGAGGCGGAUCACCAAAAAAUGCACUCGCAUUAAAAAGCUUGCAGUGGCAGCCUGCUCUUCAUUUAGUACCAGAUGCUUAUUGCUACCAAACCGGAGCGCGAAGCUGCUGGCGAACAGAGUAGAUUAAAGUCCACAGCGAUAGAAGAGAAAAGGGAGAAUAACGUUAGAAAGGCGAGUCAAAGGAGGUUGAGAUAAAUCUAGUGGUAGUGGUGGUAGUGGGGUGGAAGUUCUGGAUCUGUACUGGUGAUAUGCUAGCAGUAAAAAGUCUGGUGCCAGCGAGCGCACCUGGAGCAUUGCUUAUGUCGGAGAAGAUGGUGGACCUUCAGAAUGAUACCGGGGGAAUGUACAACGCCUCUGCCGAAUGGAAGACAUUCAGUAGUUUGGAUGACAUCGAUGUGAUAGCGGAUGGGAGUCCAGUAUUGAGGAUCCUCAUCUCUACCAUCUACUCGGUGGUUUGCGCAGCGGGGCUGGUGGGGAACCUGCUGGUCUUUUUCCUCAUGAGGGUGAGCCAGGGGAGAAAGAAAUCGAGCAUCAAUUUCUUCAUCCUCAACUUGGCAGUGACAGACUUCCAGUUUGUCCUGACCUUGCCCUUCUGGGCUGUGGAUACUGCCCUAGACUUCAGCUGGCCGUUUGGGAAUGCGAUGUGCAAGAUCAUACUUUCGAUCACCGUCAUGAACAUGUACGCCAGCGUGUUCUUUCUGACUGCCAUGAGCAUCACCAGAUACUGGUCGCUCGCCUCUGCUUUGAAUAACAAAAGCCGGCGAAUGCCUUGCUCUGUGAAAUGGAUUUGCUUGCUGCUGUGGGUCUCUGCUACUGUGGCCACCGCGCCCACAGCAAUUUUUUCAACAGUGACAAACAUCGCCGGGGAGAAAUUAUGCCUUCUCAGGUUCCCCGCGGGUCAUUACUGGCUGGCGCUUUAUCACCUGCAGAAGAUUCUGGUUGCCUUUGUCAUCCCCAUGCUCGUCCUCUCCAUCUGCUAUCUGUUACUCCUGAGGUUCAUUAGGCAGAAAAGCAUGAACAACAACAAUCCGAAAAGAAGAUCCAAAGUCACCAAAUCUGUGACCAUAGUGGUGCUGUCAUUCUUCCUGUGCUGGAUGCCCAACCAUGCCAUAACUUUAUGGGGCGUCCUGGUCAAGUUCAACGCGGUUAACUGGGAUAAAACGUACUAUAUGGUCCACACCUACAUUUUCCCUGUCACUGUGUGCCUGGCGCACGCCAAUAGCUGUCUCAACCCGAUUCUGUAUUGCCUAAUGCGACGGGAGUUCAGAAAAAUGUUAAAAGAUGUUUUCUGGAGGGUCUCGUCCCCUACAAUUUCACACACCUGUCCAAUACGCCCGUUUUCUGGUUCCCGUAAACCGGAGCACGAUGACAAACUGGUUGUCAUCCCGCUCCACGCUAUUGACAGCGAACACGGCACACGCGGCUCGCUCUUCAAUGGAAGAUGUGACACUUUACCUUCUUCAAGUACGCUGGUGCAAAAAUGAAUGAAGCCACAAAAGAAGUAUAAACUGCUGGGUAUAAAUAACUGUGAAUGUGAGUGUGUGUCUGUGCGUACCGUGUCUAACAUGUGAACACUAUCAAUGAUGAUGAUAAUAAUAAUAAUAAUAAUAAUAAUAAUAAUAAUAAUAAUAAUAAUAAUAAUAAUAAUAAUAAUAAUAAUAAUAAUAAUAAACACAGAGCAUAUGCUAAAAAGGAAAAUGAAAAAGAAUAUUACCUGAUGAAUCCAUCAUUGUCAUUUCGUUAACAAACUACAAAAGUUUGAGAAAAUAUAUACAACAGAAGCUUAAUGUGCUUAAUUGCCAAUGUGUGUUUAAACGUCCCUGUACUAAUCUAGGCUAUAGGAGCUGUGAUUCUUGAAAUGCUAUAAGCAGCUUUGGUUGAUCUGAGUUCAGAUAUGACUUACUCCACAGUGCAUGGCAGUGUCUGAUUUGACUUGUUUUAUGCAUUUAGUACAUGUUAACACCAAAUAAUGUAUAUGUGGUUAUUAUUUUGUUUUUCACAUCUGAAAUGUGUAUUUUGUAAUAAAAAAGACGAG